UGGGGCCGCUUCCCGGGGCGGGCGCUCCCCCGGGCCCGCGGGCUGCUGGGGCCGGUAGUCCUCGCUGGGUGCCCGGCCCGGCCCGGCCGCUGCUUCCUUGUCCCGGCCGUGGGGAAUCGGGACCGGCGGGCUCAGAGAGCCGGGGCGGAUUUGUAUUUCGUUUGCUGCUUCUCAUUUUGCUGUGAAAACAAAAACAAGACACACAGAGUUUGUUUUUUAAGGGAAGAUUGGAAAGUAUCUUCUAGUUAUGUGACAUCAAAACCUGGGGGGAUCUGAACAACGUUAUGUAGAGGAAGAGUUGCUGUAAAAAUAUGGGAGCUGAUGACACUGCAUCAGUUGUCAUGUUGUACCAUAUUGCUGCACUGCCUGCCUGCAAACUGGUAUGGGAACUGCUGUGCUAAAAUAGGGAUCUGCCAUGGAGUGUUUUUCAAAGAUGUGCUCCUGAAAACUCGAUCUGCUGUGGCUAACUGGCUGUGACUGGUUUGUUUCCUUUCCUCUCUUGUCUUCAGAUGGCACAAGAAGAAACCCACCAGCCCCCAGAAGCUUUAACUCUUUGCUGUGGAAGAAGCUCAGAGUGACAGCAGGAUGGUUUAAAUAAGUCAUUGCCUUGAGGUAGUGAAUUGGGUGUUUGCUGAAGCCUUUUACUCAUGUAGAAUCUACUGGUUAGCCCCUUAGCAAAGUAGCCAAAUCACAGCGCUAUUUCAAGUAAUGAUUUUAAUAACCACAAUGAGGAAUAGAAGGCACUGCUUGCCUCUCAAAGCCCUGUAAUAGACAUAAACAACUCUGAGAGUCUGAAGCAGCCUACAAAACAAGAUAAUACCUAUUUGACUCUCAAGGUGUGGAUGAUCAUGGGAGAACCACUGUUAAAGAACAGCAUCCUUGAUCAAUUUAUUAAUAGCCAUGAGCAGUCAUAUGAGGAGUUUCUAAAUACAUUCACAUAUCUUUUGAAAGAGAAAGAAGGAAAGACAAUUCAGGGAAGUAAAGGGGACUCCUUAAGAAAAAAAAGUUUUACUUCUGAAUUACCAGACAGAAAUAAACAGGAUGGCUCACCUGAAAGAAGCAAAGAAAUGUGGGGGUCAUUUCCACCACGGAUGGCAAAUGAGAAUGAGGCAAUGAUGAGUGAGAGCUCAACAGCUGGUGUCUCUGAUGGAAAUAAUCUCAGUCUGUCUGAAAGAGUGAAGGUGGACAAGUACUUACACUUGGAAGAUGUAGACACAGAUGAAGAAACAUGCAGUGCAGGGUCAUUAGUUCUUCCAGGAGAGGUGGAAGAGACAGUAUCUUGCUGUACACCCUUCUUUGAUAAGCCUAUUCAGCCGAAGUUCAGAGCCUGGUCAGUUCCACAGCCAUCAGACAGCAAAGCCCAAGAGGCAGAGUGUUUAUUCGAAGAUAUUUCAACCAGAAGCAAUGCAGAAAUGCAAUACAGUAUGUCAACAAAGCACAUACUGGCAAAUGCACUACUGGGCGAUGAUGUUCAACCUUUCUCACUUGAUGAAGAAUUUGAUUAUGACAAUGUGGCACUGACCCCCAAGUUCUCUGAAGCUGAGCUGAAGGCCAUUAUAGAGUUGUCUGAAGAGAAAAUGGGUACAAAUGUCAAAUCAGCACGAGCUGAAGACUGAGUCAAAGGUGUUCUGUGCAGGGCUGUUGGAAUGACCUUUUUAUGGGGUGAAUGUAGCUCCUCGUUGUACCCUUAUUUAGUGUUCUUUUCUGCGUGGCCAGUAAAUGGCAUCCCUGAGAUUGGUCAUUUAUUCUGUCAAGGUGCCUUGGAUCCUGUACUGGCUCAGGGUAGGUGUGCUGGAGUGACUUCUCCAUAGGAGCAAAACAAGCUGCUGGAUUUCAGAAUAGCAUUGUGGCUACUCUUGCUUACAUCUGGUACUGACUUGGUUCCUGAGUAGUACAAAGCUGGUCCUAAAGCUGCCUUUUACCUCGUUCUUUCAGUAAUGUAAUUAAGAGCUUUUUAACAGCUGACAAAUCAGUCUAUGAACUCUUUAAAUGUAUAGAGAUAUAUGAGUGAGUAAAUCUGGGAAUAUGUUUUUUUUCUCUGUGUUUUGAGUUACUUGAGUUCUGCAAAAAAUAAAUAUUCCUGUUUCCAACAAA